GGUGUCUUAGAGAUGGAAAAACAUCGAUGUUGCCGAUGUUUCAAAAACAUAGAUGUCAUUGAUGUUGGUAUCGAUGUUUCUCCACCUCUAGCGUCAUUCGUUUAACAAGAACUUGCCAACUACCUGGAAAUCGUUUUUAGCGGAGAGAAGAAUUUGGUGAUUGAUUUUUUCCAACAUGUCCUAUGAAGUAAAUGGCAAGUUCUAUGUCGUCGUAUGGUCAAGUAAUCUAAAACGAAAGUUUUUGAAAAUAUUUAGUGUUCAUAAUAUUAGAUGCGGUCAUAUUAUAGCUUCUGCCCUUGAAUAUGAAAUACGCGGAAGCUAUUUGGUCAGCUAUGAGGAUAAUGUUAUCAUAGGAGGUGAUCUAGAACUUAUCCAAUGCCUUUGGAAGGGUCACACGAUUGUGGUGGUUGAAAAUCUGGAUGAGUACUUUGGUGAAAAAGUUAACUUAAAGCAAAUUAUUGAAAGUCUAACUGAAAAAGCCCUUGAUACGGGAGGACUGCCUGCUGUCAAGAAAGAGUUAAAGCAAGUUGCUCACCAGUUGGAACCUUUAGUGAAAGAAUUUUACAAUCUAAUUCAGGAACUAGCUAAAACAGAGGACUGCUCAAUUCCAGACCUAGUGGAAGGCUCAAAGUAAGCUUAAAACAUACAAACAAUAUGUAAAAUAAAAUAUUGGAUUUCCCAAUUCAUUACCACUUUA